AGGGCACAGAGUUCCGCUAGACCAGGGAAAGGAUAAACCGCCUCACCCCACUGAGGGCUCAAAUCUUCAUUGUUCAGUCUUCACUAUAAAAGUGACUCUCAUUUCUUCAUUUCUGUUGCUGAACUCCUGGAACUCUUUAACUAUUGUCAAACUUUGCUUGUUACAUAAAUAUGCUCGAGACAGUGCUAUCUAUGCGCAGAGGAACGCAAUUUAGCGAAGAAGGAGAUGAAGAUGACGAAUCCAAGACUAGAAAGAACAUCUCCUUUGCCAUGAGAGUGACGAAGCUGAUGACCAAGAUUUGGGUUUUAUGGCCACUUAUCGUUCUCUUCGUCAUUCUCCUCCUUGUUUCCAUUGUAAUUCAUUCUCGCGAUCUCGUCUGCGUCUCUUCUUUCGAACCCUAUUCUCGGAUGAACUUCUUUGGCAUUGAUGGCCUCGAUUCCGACUUUGGAUCUCUCGGCGUGCCCUGGUGCAGAUCGAAACAUGGGCGAACGGUUGCAUGGACACUGAAGGAUUUGCUUAAGGGCUUGGAAGAGUUUGUACCAAUUUACGAAACCAGGCCCAUAAAAAACAACAUGUAUGGAAUGGGUUUUGACCAUAGUUUUGGUCUUUGGUUCAUUACUCGAUGGCUGAAACCAGAUCUGAUGAUUGAGAGUGGUGCUUUCAAGGGCCAUUCCACUUGGGUUCUACGACAAGCAAUGCCAGACAAACCAAUUGUGUCACUCACUCCUCGGCACCCAGAGAAGUACUUGAAGAAAGGACCUGCCUAUGUUGAUGUAAAUUGUACUUAUUUUGCUGGAAAAGACUUUGUUGAUUUUGGAAGUGUUGAUUGGGGAAGAGUGAUGCGGAAACAUGGGAUCACUGAUGUCAGUCAGGUUCUCAUCUUCUUUGAUGACCAUCAGAAUGAGCUAAAAAGACUUAAGCAGGCAUUGAAAGCUGGGUUCCGGCAUCUCAUCUUCGAGGACAAUUAUGAUACGGGAACCGGUGACCAUUACUCUUUGAGGCAGAUCUGUGAUCAGUCAUAUGUAAGAGGAGGUGGGCAUAGCUGCUUUAGAGAUAGUGAUGAAGCCAGGAUAAGGAUGAAACGGAAGAAGUUCUGGGAGAAGGCAGUGGACAUAGAAGAACUAUGCGGGCCUGGGGAAACAUGGUGGGGUGUUGGAGGGGAGAUGCGGGAUGAUUUCAACCACAGCAACAAGGCAAUUUCCUAUGCUGAGCAUUUUCAAAACAGCAGGUUUGUGGAAUCAGUGCUAGAUGUAUAUUGGGAGCUUCCUCCAGUGGCCGGACCUUCCCUUACUCAUCAAACAAGAUAUGAUCCUGCACGCGUACCCAGUCCUAUUGUUGAAGAUGGUAGGUUUGGCUUGUUUCAGAGGCUUGGUUUAAGUAGGCUUGAAAUAUCUGUAUUCAAUGGGUACACUCAGAUGGUAUAUCUUCAAAUAUCUGAACGUGCGUCUUAAAUCUGCGAAGAAUAGAUAGGAAAAUGUUUCAUUAGCUGCUCUGCUUUGUUCAUAGAAGCCCUACUGUCCACAAUUUCCAUGCCUCGUACAUGCAGAGUUCAAACAUUGUACAAGAAGUUUUUUUUUUUUUUUUUUCAAUGUAUUCAAAUUUUCAGAAUUUUCUGUGGGAAUUUUACUAACGUAAUUGUAAUAUUUUGAUUCACAAAGUGUGAUAACAUACUACCAUCGAAUGUAGUUAGGUCUACAUCUGCUUAUUGUCAUGCUGGACCAUCUUGUGAAAUUUAGUAGAUUGAAGUUCCAA